AUGUCGUCCACCAGCAACGCCUCCAUUGACAAGUUCAACAGAGACAAUUACGCAACGUGGAGCCGGUACAUGCGCGGUGUGUUUUUGACGAAGUCCGUCUGGCACGUUGUCAACCGUGAAGUGACUUCGACUUUCACCGACCCGCGAGCGUCCGAUGACUACGUCAAGGCAAGCAACGUCGCGUUUGGUAUGAUGCUGCUGCACAUGAACGCGGACUACCAUCAUGUGCUCGACAACUGCGAGGAAGCCUGGGUUGCGUGGACAAGUCUGAAGACGCUGUACGGUGGGUCGCAGAAGGCAGGACGCAUCUACCUCAAGCGACAACUUUUCAGUAUCAAGAUGGCUGAAGGCGCGAACGUCAUGCAUCACUGCAACGAGGUCAUCAACAUCUCCGCCAAGCUUAGCGGCAUCGGUGCGAAGAUGGAAGACGAAGACGUUGCAAUUUGUCUGCUACUCAGUCUUCCGAAGAGCUACGAAAAUGUGGUGCUCAACAUGGAAAUGAGCAGCACCGAGCUUCGCACUCAAGAUGUGGUGAGAGUCCUGACGAAUGAGCAUGCCAAGCGUCAAGGAGAAAAAGGGACAACGACAGCGACUACGGUGAAGGCUGAAGAUGCAAGCAAGGCAUUCAGCGCCGAGCGUGAGCCCUACCAAUGCACGUAUUGUGGCAAGGUGGGACACACGGUGGAUCGUUGCUGGACAAAGCAGAAGAACGAAGGCAAUGGCUACGAUCGAGUGGCGUUUGCAGUCUCGUUCGAAUGUGGAGUUUCGACGAGCAAGGACGUGUCUGGAAUGUGGGCCGUCGACAGUGGUGCAACGCACCACAUUUGCCACGACAAGACCAAGUUCGCAAGUUUGGCAGAGCGCAAUGAGGGCGAACUCUUGGUGGCUGAUGGCAACAAGGUGGCCAUCAAGGGUGUGGGAACCAUCAUGGAAAAGGUGGUUCUGCCCAACGGUGAAGAGCGUGAGAUCGAAAUCUAG